AUGGAGGAGGGGGUCGACGUGGUGGCCGCCUGCUUCGCGGAGGCGUGGGAGGCCGAAGCCCACCUGCGGUCGCUGUUGCGGAGUAGCGGGGCCGCCCUGCUGCCGCCCAGCCCUGCCCUCGACGCCGCUCGCCACCGGUUGCGGGAGGCGUGCCGCCAGCUGCUGCUGACGGACGUGGCCUUUGGCGUGGAGAAGGACGUGGACCAGACCACAUGGAAGCUGGGCCACUACCGCCUCAUCGAACACCCGGCGGAGGCCAAGGCGGCGAGCGAGUCGCUCGGUUCCUUCCUCGCCGAAUCCUCCCGCUUCUACGCCGCUCUCCUGCAGGUCAACCAUCUUCCCCCGCCGCGCCCGAGGGAGGUGAGCGACAGAUAUGCUGUGGUGCUGGAUGGGAGCCUCACCUACGCGCGCGAUGGCGCUGUGCCAGGCGAUGGGGUGUUACAGACCAGCUCGCAUCCGGCCUAUCUGGCGUGCCACCGCUGUCUCGUCAUACUGGGCGACCUGGCCAGGUACCGCAAAGACGCGGCCAACUCGCCUGGCUGGGCCACCGAAGCUGUCAACCACUACAAGCGAGCCGUGCGCAUCUGGGCCGAUAACGGCAACGCGCACAACCAAUUGGCGGUGGUGGCUACGCACAACGGCGAUGAUCUCGAGGCGGCCUAUCGAUACGCGCGGGCCAUCAACACGCCGCUGCCGUUCCCCACCGCGCGGGACAACCUGGCGGUGCUCUACCAGAAGAUCCGUCAGUCGCCCAUCGACCCGACGCCGCCCACCCUCCCGGCCAGCGCCCUCCUCCCCAAGUUCCUCCUCCUGCAGGCCUCGAUCGGCUGCCCUAGCGUCGCUCCGGAGCGGUUCGAUGAGCUGUGGGAGGCCUACCUGCGGCAGGCGGCAACGGUCGAGCUGGGCACCGCGCCGCUCACCGACCGCGUCCUCUACUGCAUGAUGACCAUCAGCACAUUCUCGGUGGGCGAUCUGCUCGGCAGGCAAACCGACAACGCGGAGGCAUUCGAGCAGGCGCUGGAGCUGAUGCUGCACUUGGCCGAGACUCUGCUCGCCGCUGCGGCCGCGGUCACGCCCGACACCCGAGGAAGCUUCGAGCUGCUGCCGGCCGUCGGGCACUUCCUCGGCUGGGCCGCCGCGCACCUCCACCCGCCUUCGCUCCUCGCCGCGCGACUCUCUGCGCGCGACCGCCUAUGCGACUCCCUGCUGCGCCUGGCCAAGGCUCGCAACAACUCGGCCUCGGCCGGCAAACGGGCGUGGCCGGGCCAUUGGGAGGACGAGGAGCUGCGCAGCGCCUUCGCGCUCGGCAUGGAGCAGACCGAGCAACACACGUCGAUGCAGGUGGCCCUGGCCGCCCUGCGGCUGCACCAGUCGCUGCGGCCGCACCUGACCGAGCACCAGGAGGAGCCCCCCGGAGCCACCCCUGGGCCCGCCGUCCAGCAGCCCCAGCCCCCGCGCGUAGACGACAGCGCCGCGGGCCAAGCGCCGCCGGCGCCAACUGCCGCGCAGGGCCGAGAGAGCAGCCACCGCAGUCCCACUGCCCCGCCGGCUCCGCGGGCCGCAGAGCCACCACGACCCGAGCCCGCAGCCAGAGACCCCGCACCAGCGCCAGCGCCCGUAAAGCCAAUGGCAGUUGAGCAGCAGGAGCAGCGAGAGGGCCGACCUGCGGAGGCUGGGGUGAAGCGGAAACCGAUCGCCGAUCAUGUUGAAGAGAAGCUGGAGCUGGAGCUGGAGCAGGAGCUGCUUCCCACCACGACCACCGCCAAGACGACGACAACGACGAAGAAGCAGAAGAAGGCCAAGAGCGAAGAGCACCCAGUGCCACCGUCGCCAGCGUCGCGGUCCUGCCGGCAGACUCUGAUCCUGCGCCACCCGUUCACAACCAGCCCGGCCUUCGGGCACGGCUGGCGGGCCGCCCUGCUCGCGGACACCCACGGAUUCCCAACCGACAGCCGGUUCGGCCCACGGCCACCACAGCCCCAGCCCCCGCCGCCGCCACCGCCCCUCCCCGCCUCCACCAAUCCGUUCCUCAGCCGCGUUUGA